AUGCCAACAAAGAGAAGUGAAGCGACACCGACGACUCCUCCUUAUCAUCCAAUUGUUAAACGUGAUGUCGAAGAUACGCUUAGUUUAUAUGAAUUUUGGGCAAAUGCUUGUAAUCAUGAUGAUAACUAUGCUCAUGUAGCUGUAUCGGGUGUAAAUAAUCUUUGGCAAACAGUAACAAGUACUGUCUAUUGUGGUAAUGGUCAACUUAGGACGGUGACGAAGACGGUUACUGCCAGGGCAACUGCUACUGUCACCAAAAAAGGGGGUGGUAGUGGAAGUAGUAGUAACCAUGGUUCUAAACCAUCUUGUGAUGCUAAAUGCUGGAGUACAUAUUUAUGGCGUAAAGUAUAUAAAAUUCGAUUGCCUUCAUUAUUAUUCAUACUAACUCAUAUAGAUACAUAUAUAGAUACAUAUGGUUAUGGUAUUUCUGUUGCUCAGGGCUUUACUGGUAUCGUUAUGAUGCUUAUUGGCAUUUACUUUUUAAUAUUUGGCUUCAGUUCUUUUAGAGGCACUUUAGCAGCUGUUGGCUUUGUAUUUUUUGCCCUUAUGACAUGGAUUGGUCUUGUUAAUAAUGAGCCAAUGUAUGGUUAUCCCCAUAAUGAAAUUGUCUAUACAUGCGUUAGCGUUGGACUUGGACUUGUAGGUGCUUUCUUAUUUAUUUUUCUUUAUGGUAUUUCUAUCUAUUUCAUUGGUGGAUUAGCUGGUCUUUUCUUGGCCGUCUUCAUUCUCUCUUGGAAAGAAAACUUGGUUAUUCAACUUCAAAUUGCACGUAUCUGUUUUAUAAUUGGUAUGGGCAUCAUCUUUGUUAUCUUAAUUAUUUUAGCAGAGAGUUAUUCUGUCAUUUUUUGUACUGCCUUCAUUGGCGCUUUCCUCUUCAUUCUCGGUCUAGACUUAUUUAUUCAUACUGGCUUAAUCAAUAGUUUCCUUAGUAUAUUUGAUGGGAAUCGAUAUCACUUGAAUGUAUACAUGAUACGGACACCAGUCUAUAUAAUGCUUGCAUUUAUCAUUGUGUUAACAUUAAUUUCCUUUGGUUGGCAAUACUAUUGGAACGUUGUUAAGAGAGAGAAACAAUUUGGUGUACAUAUUAAAGAAGUAAAAGAGCCUGUUGAAGAUGAAAAGAAAUGCUAG